GCAGUGCCGGCGCAUGUGUCUCGUGAAGCUGCGCAAGGCCGAGUCGUUGCAGCCGAGUUCUAUCAGUUGCUCCCACCGCCUCGUCAGAUCGGCGGCAAGUGACUGUCCUGAUGACUGUUCGUGUUUUACGCUAGAUCAUUUGUAUGUGCGGUGGCCGCGGGAAGGCAAUCUGACUGGUCGAUAUAUGUUGCGAUUACUCGACGGUCCUGUUUCAGUCGUAGCGCGACGACCGAAUUUACUUGGUUCUCUCUCCGGCUUCUCUGUCGGAUUCCUUUAUCAUCAACGCGACGCGACGCCAUUUCUCGCUGGUGCAUUAUCAAUUAAGUCCGCAGUCAUAGGUCGAGCGAAAGCACGAGACCGAAAAUGAUCGCGACAACGGAGCUGCAUCAAGUCGUCAUCACCGCGCUAGGUCUCUUGCUCGGUGGUAUCCUGCUCAGCGGAAGUGGCCGGCACUUCAUCUACGUGCUCUUCAAAACACUGCCUAGGGAUGUGCUGGCUGCUGUCCGGUUUGCACAAGUUAACAUGCUUCUCUGGUGGUGGGAGAAGCGCGAAUAUACCGUCGCAAAGUUGUUCUCGAAGUAUGCAGAGGCACACCCGGAAAAAAUAGCUUACAUUUUCGAGGAUAAAGAGUGGAGUUAUCAAAAGUUGGAGGAAUUCAGCAACUGCAUAGGGCGUUACUUCCGCGCGAAGUCAUUCUCUCAGUUUGAUAGCAUAGCACUUUUCAUGGAGAAUCGUCCCGAGUACAUUGGUACCUGGCUGGGCCUCAACAAAGGUGGCUUCGUGGGCGCCUUAGUGAAUACGAAUCUCCGUCACGAGGUGCUGCUGCACAGUAUCAAGACUGCUGAAUGCAAGGCUGUUAUCUUCGGAUCCGAUCUUAAAGACGCAAUUCGUGAUAUUAAGGACAAGAUACCCGACGUCGGGCUUUACCAAUGGUCGGAGGUUGCGGGCACACCUGUUCUAGAAGGAGCGGUCGAUCUUAAUGCGGAGAUGAACAGCAUUGAUCCUGGACCCCUUGUGGUUCAACUCAGCCUUGGCAGUCCUCGGGAUAAAUUGAUUUACAUCUACACCUCCGGCACCACAGGAAUGCCGAAGGCCGCCGUUAUCAAUAAUUUGAGAUUCAUGUACAUAGCCCGUGGCCUGUGCACAAUGCUUAAACUGCGCCCGGAUGAUCGUAUUUAUGAUUCUCUGCCUCUUUAUCACACCGCAGGUGGUAUAAUUGGAGCAGGUCAAGCGCUCCUGUGUGGCGUUACCGUCGUGCUCCGCAAACGAUUCAGCGCGUCCAACUUUUGGCCGGACUGCGUCCGUUACAAGUGCACUAUUGCACAAUAUAUCGGAGAAAUCUGCCGUUUCCUUAUGACGGUUCCGCCAAGCCAGUACGACACGUCACACAAAGUGCGCUUAAUGGUCGGGAACGGUUUGAGACCACAAAUCUGGGAAUCCUUCGUAAAGAGAUUCGGCGUGAAACAGAUAGGCGAAAUCUAUGGAGCCACCGAGGGAAACUCGAAUCUCGUCAACUUUGAUAAUAAAGUUGGUGCUGUCGGCUUUUUACCGAGGUAUCUCUUUCAUUUGUAUCCGGUUGCACUGUUGAAGAUCAAUGACGAGACGGGGGAAUUGAUAAGAGGUCCAGAUGGAUUCUGCAUACGCUGUAAACCUGGCGAGGCUGGCCUUUUCGUGGGCAAGAUUGAUCCAAAGAAAGUAAUAAGCUCCUUCACCGGCUACCUGGACAAGAAAGCUUCGGGACAAAAGAUUUUACGUGACGUUUUCAAGAAGGGCGAUCAGGUCUUUAAUUCUGGUGAUAUCUUAAUUAUGGAUGAGCUUGGAUACUUUUACUUCAGAGACAGAACUGGUGACACGUUUAGGUGGCGAGGUGAAAAUGUCGCAACUUCCGAAGUAGAGGCCGUCAUUAGUAACAUAAUAAAUCUCAAGGAUGCGGUUGUAUACGGUGUCCAGAUACCUGGCAACGAGGGCAGGGCGGGCAUGGUAUCUAUAUAUGAUCCGGAUAAAUCCCUGGAUCUCAAAGUACUGACGGAAGGAUUGAAGAAAUGCCUACCGUCUUACGCCAGACCUCGUUUCAUUCGCGUUUUAACGGAUCUGCCAAUAACCGGCACGUACAAGCUGAAGAAGAAGGAUCUCCAACAGGAGGCUUUUGAUAUUAAAAAGGUGAAGGAUACAAUCUACUUCCUCAACAAGGAUGUCUAUGUGAGACUGACUGACGAGCUUUACAAUGAUAUCGUCGAAGGAAAGCUUCGAAUAUCGUAAAAGUGGUAAAAUUAAUGGGAGAAACGAUACGCAUUCUCGCUUGUGUUCACGAUGAGAAGAGAGAAGAUGCUAUGAACGUAACGUUAAAUGAACACCGAACGGAACACAUACCUUAGAGUGAUCGAUCGUAUAAUCCUAUAAGUUUCCAAUGAUGAAAUCGCACAUCACAUCGCAGUAACUUCGUGGAGCAUCAAGUCGUCGCGCAAAUCAUUAUUUUUGCAUAUACGCGCGUGUAAGGGAAUACACGUUGUUUUGAAGAGUGAAUGGAAUAGAGAAGCCUUUUUCUCAUCUGAUGCUUUGCAGUUCAUAGAUCACUUACGGCAGCAAAGUCACGACAAUAUAUGCGAAUGCAUGUGCUGCAAGAAAAUUAGCAAGUUCAUUAAACUGCUAAAAGAAUGACUGAAAGAAUGAUUCUCUAAGCUGAAUGUGUCUUACAUAGUUACGUUUUCUCGCGAGUUUAUGAUACGUUGUUACUUUGUUAAAUUCGGGAAGUGAACUUAUCGAGCUUCACAUCAAACGCGCAAAUUUAUAAGUACAAGAGUUCGUUAUGCUAGACUUUUAUAUUUGAUAAAAAAUCAUGUAAUAACUUUUGUAAAUAAUUGUAUCAUAAUGUAGAAAAUUUGAAUUGAUUUAUAUACGUAUACAUAUUUAGACGGCGUCGAUUUAAUUCUAAAUCUUGUAGAAUUUUCGAGUUUUGGUUGUUUAUUAUGGCGCUACUGUGAAUAAUUGAAAAGCUUCAUGAUAUAUGUUCGACAGUCUGUACAAACACAACUGUGCUGAUUUCUUUUUCAUAGCCUGCAAUUUGUAUAAUAAUUAACAUACAAUGAUUGUGAUAUCAAUGGUUAAUAUGAAUUAUAUUUUAUAUAUUACAUAUAUUUGCAAGCCGAUUCAUUAAGUAAAUUAAUGAAUUGCAAUUGUCAGAGUUUGGAAGUCCACAGACAAUUACAAAUUGCAGAAUGUAAUUAAUACUGUUAUAUCUUGAAAAAUAUCAACAACUAAACUAUUUUUCUACAUGAUUAUUGUAGUUAUAUAUACUUGUUUCACAACUGUUUUCACAUAAAAUCGAAUUAUUUUUAUAUGACAUUCUAUUAUUCUUAUAUGACAUAUUAAUAAGUGACAAUAUCUUUUAGCCUCUGCGAAAAUAAACAUAUGUAUUCGUACAAAUGCAUGUGUAGUCGGGGCUGUAUGCUUAUGAAAUUUUAGAUUUCUAUUUUUAGAAAUCUACGAGUGUUGUAUAAAUAAAGAAUUUACGAUUACGAAAG